GGAACCCUUUUUUCUAACCAUCCUCUCUGUUACAGUUCACAGUUAAGAGCGAGAGGGAGGAAAUGGGCAGCGGGAAGAGAAGCGACUACUUGCCGGAUGAGGAGCGGGGGGCCAGCUUCGCUCAGAUCCCGACAAGCUUUGGCCACGAGCUUAGGGCUUGCCUCCGCUGCCGACUUGUCAAGACCUACGACCAGUUUAGGGAGUCGGGCUGUGAAAACUGCCCUUUCUUAGAGAUGGAUAAGGAGCAUGAUAAUGUGGUGAACUGCACCACCCCAAAUUUUACCGGGAUAAUUUCGGUUAUGGAUCCCACUAGAAGUUGGGCAGCUCGAUGGCUGAGAAUUGGUAAAGUUAAUCUUUAUUGGCCUGAAUAAUUCAAAUACCGUUUUCUUCUUUUGGCUAAUAUAUAUUGCUAAUAUAUAUUUUUACGUUAUGU